AUCUUAUUGUCAAACUGGCAAAGGACAAGUUCGGGGCCAUUCAGACGGAAUAUCAAAAGGCCAUCUACUACGAGAUAGGCUUCCUAGUGUGUGCGGCGGUGGGCCUGCUGUUUGCCGUCCUGAUGCCGAUAGUCGGCCUCUUCUUCUGCAUGUGCCGCUGCUGUGACAACUGCGGCGGCGAGAUGCACCAGCGCCAGAGGAAGAACGCAGACUGCCGGCGAGGCCUGCUGGGAACACUACUCUUCUCCACCUCACUGGUUAUCACGAUUGGGGUGCUGUGUGCAUACGCUGCCAACCAGAACCUGAGCUCUCAGGUGAAGAACAUACGGCGACUGGUCAACAGCAACAUGAGGGACCUGCACACCUUCGCCAAUGACACGCCAAUGCAAAUUGAUUACCUAAUAUCCCAAUACGCCACCGCCAAGAACAAAGUCAUCUAUGACCUAGAUAACAUAGGUCCAUUAUUGGGUGGACGGAUACACGAUCAGUUGGAUAAGGAGGUCCAUCCUGCCUUGGACCAAGUGCUCAAUAUGGCUGGAGCCAUGCGAGAAACAAAGGAAGCCCUGGAGAACGUUAGCGUGUCUCUGGAGGUCCUCCAGGAAGGAACGGGGAAACUCGGCUUCAACCUGAGCUUAGUCCGGACCAGCAUCAACCGCACCCUCAACGACCCCGGCUGUCACGACGAGGAGUCCGAUGCCACCACUGCCCAGCUGUGCCGCAACAUCCGCCAGUCGCUGUCCCAGCUGCAGAUUAGUGCUAAUUUCACUCGGCUACCCAAUGUGAACGCUCAGUUGGAAAAGGUGAACGAUGUAUUGAAAACUGACCUCAGCACCAUCGUCCAGAGGGGCUUCUCCUCUUUGAACGACACACCACACAUGGUGAUUGAACAGACCAGAAGUGUCGUUGAGAGUGUGCACAAUUUGGUGGAUGGCAUUGGCAACAACAUCAGCAGCUUUUCCAAGGCUUUCCCAGUGCAGAGCUGCCUGUCCAACUUCACCAUCUUUGUUAGCCAUGCGCAUGCCAAGAUUGAGGACUACUACCCUGAAAUUGACAAAAUGGACUUCUACAGGUGGAUUGGCUGCAUUGCUCUUUGCUGCAUGGUGGUCCUGGUCCUGGCCUUUAACUACCUGGGCUUGCUGUGUGGCACGCUGGGAUACGACAAGCACGCCUCGCCGACAACACGGGGCUGCAUCUCCAACACGGGAGGAACGAUGCUUAUGGCCGGCGUUGGAUUUAGCUUCAUCUUUUCCUGGGUGCUGAUGGGAGUGGUGACCACCAUCUUCCUGGCUGGAGGGAACAUGGAGAAACUUGUUUGUGAACCGUUCCACAGCAAAGAGCUCUUCAAGGUUGUGGACACCCCAUAUCUGAUCAACCCAGAGUGGAAGAACUUCAUCCCUGGCUACAUGUACAACGACUCCGACCUGGAACUGACGGCAGAGAGCUUGUACAGUACUUGCAAGCAGAACAAAGGCAUCUACUCUGCCAUGCGUCUGGACAAAGUCUUCAACAUCUCCUCUUUCCUGAACACCACAGUGUUCACUAAGGAUGUGGUCGGUCAGCUGGACAGUGUUAAGAUCGACCUGAGAGGAAUAAUCCUGUUAGAGGCGGAGGGGAAGCAGAACCUCCUGGAUUUCUCUGAAGCAGGGCUGUCGGAAAUCAACUAUGCCGACUACCUGGAAGAGGUAAAUAAAGGAGUCACUGUGGUGGAUCUGCUCUCAUUUGCCAGAGAGCUGGAAGCCCAGACAGACCUCAUGCCCAGAGGCCCUCUGCACACUGCUCUCAAGGGCCACAUCAGCACUCUGCGGCAGAUCCACAGACAACAGAUCAUCCCUAUGGAGCAAGCCAUGAGCUCAUUGAACCAGAGUAUGAGGUUCCUGGAGAGAACAGCUUCCGACCUUCCAAACAAAGUCCUGGCUGUUAUUGAGGCCACCGAAGCUGCCCAGUACCUCAUCUCCCACAAUGCCACACAUUUAAUAAAUCAGGAAACGGGAAAAUACACAGCGACCAUUGUCGGCUACUUCCAUCAAUACAUAGAGUGGGUCAAAACAUCUCUGGCCAUGGAGGUGGCACCAUGCAAACCCUUCAGCAACAUGGUGGACACAGCGGAAAUCAUGGCCUGUAGCUUCUUGGUUGACUCAAUGAACACUUUCUGGAUGGGCCUGGGCUGCAGCACUCUCUUCCUGCUCCCCAGCAUCAUCCUGGCAGUGAAACUAGCAAAGUAUUACCGCAGGAUGGACACAGAGGAUGUUUACGAUGACGUUGAGACAAUUCCCAUGAAAACCAUCCCUACCUAUGAUACCAUGAACAGGUUCCCGCGGGCCUCGGCUCCUCCGAGGCACAUCGACUGGUGACAGACAGCCAGCUCUUGUUCUGGCUCCUGAAAGUGCCCUCGAAAACUGGAACUAAAAUACACCACACUGCUCAUUCCCCAACUCCUUGGACCAGAUGAAGUUCAAUAAAAGCUGGUUUCUUUACAACACAGCGAGAACACACAAAGUCCUGCAGAUGCUUUUAUCUUCAAUGAUCAACUGAACCUUUUCAUUCAGGCCAAUCACAGCCUUCAGUGCGGUUACUGCCUGCAGGACGUCAAACUCUUCUCCCCUCAGCAUCACCCUGAGCCAGGCUUGUUCUGCAUUUUUUAAAAGAAAAAAAAAAAAAGACUGCUGUGUCUGCGUUUACAUUUGUUCAGAUACAAAACAAAGCUGAAAAAACAUUCAGUGAGAGGACAUAACAUUAACUGUGAUGCUUGUUCGUUUAAAUGUUCUUAUUUGUGCUUAAGAAAACAGAGGCUGAAAGGUCACCUAAAGGACACAGCAAGGUGAUAGAGGACUUUUUUUGUUUCUUCCUGCACCUAAAAUGGAUGUAGUGCUUUCAACCUACGCUAGUGUUAAAGGUACAAUAGAGUGAAAAUACACCUGUGACAAAAGCUGCAACUUAGCAUGAAGUAUAGUGUGUUCAAAAGUGCUGUUUUGUUGAAAAUGACACAUCCUUUUUACUUGCAGUAUGUUUCGGAUGGCGGAUGUGUGGUAUCUUAAUGACUGAAAACUGCAUGGCUUGAACAAAGUGGUAAAAUACAGAGACGGGUUGGGGGAUAUCUUAAGGAAAGUUAGCAUGACUGUUUAAAAUGUUUACAGUAUUUCAAGAACGUUUGUCUUUGCUGGUUUGGGGCACAUUGCAAAUGACAGGUUGCCUUUCAGAAGUAUAUUUUAUCCUGGAAUUUGACAGAUUUGCUCCCUUUUUAAAAGAGAAAAUCCACCAUCAGAUGCUGUUACGCUGCUGAAAAUCAACAAUCCGGGAAUUAUUUUGCUACAGUGUUUGAACGCUACUCCUCACAUUUUCUACCAGAACAAAUCUCCUUUAACCUUUGAGUCAGAUGUUAUUUCCCUACAUGCCCCAGAAUGCCUUUAAACAACAUCUGAAGUUGCAAAACAAUUGCAUUUAAGAAGAUAAAGUGAAAGAUGGCUUGAUGCGGCAUUGUAUUCUGGGCUGCUAAGCUGAUGUCCUUACAUAUGUAUUCUUGUAUGGACGUCAGAUGCCAGUAGUUUUCAUCUAGUUAUCCAUUAAAACCUCCACAGAUUGUAAGCUUCCGAAAGAAAUCACACAUUAAAGAAGUGAGGACAUUACUGUUGUAUCUGUUACUAUGUACAACAGAUAUAUGUUUUUACCUUGCAAGAUAUAUCUGGUACCCUGACCUUCUAGGAAGUGUCCCCCCCAUAUUCCAUACUACUCACUUAGAAGGCUAAAAAAGCACAUCUCUGUUGUGUCUGUGCUGGAAAUAUCUGACAAAAACAUUGUACUAUCAAAGUUAAUAUGAUGCCAAACAUCAAAAUCAGGCCACAACUUCACCAACAGUGUAAGUAUUUUGGGUGGAUUUUCCCUUUAAACUAUAUCAUAAAGUCAGAGAAUAACCUAUAACCACACUUUUAGGUUCCCUAUGUGAUGAACUUAUUAGUAAUACUCGCUAUCAUGUUGAGUUCACUAACAUGGCAUUUUCACUGAGAUCUUUCUUGCUUUCUAGAGUUGCUACUUUUAAAAUGGAGAAUUCGUUCUCAAGCCAAAUCCUGUUUUGUUUUUUUCCUUUUUACUGUAGAUCUCAGGUCUUUAGUGGUCUAUCAGCUAUGUGCUUAUGUUGUUUUCUUUUUUCGCUUUUUAAAAACCCACAGUAGCGAUGAAUACAUUUUAAACUACGGAACAAGUGAAUGUAUUCAAAAGCUUUUUUGUUUUAUUAUUUUGUAUUGCUUGAUAUGGAAGUUGACUGAGAAAUAUGCUGAAGUCUAUCUUUAAUGCAUUGGGCACGCCAAUCCAGUUACCCCACCCACCUCAGCUUCAUGUUUACAGGAACAUUUGCAGCUGCUGUCAGCAAAGUAAUGGUGAAAAAGUAGACAAUCCAUUAUUGGGACAAGAGAGCGCUGUCAAUCAAAUAGUAGAAAAGAGAAGCAUGCUUUACGGUUUACAUAGUUGAUGGUGUUGAUGUACACUGUGAAAAUGUCCAUCUUAACAUUAAAAUUGUUGAUUUUAGGUGUCUUAUUAUUGUAUUCACACAUCAUAAGUUAGCCUGGAACAACCCCACAACUCCAAUUGUUAGGAUUUACAAUAAUAAAGGUCACAUUGAAUCAAGUAAAAACUGUCAAUGAGAUGAAAUAUGUAACUAUGAUUUUAAGAAAGUGCUAACAACAUUUGUAAACGAUCUGAUUAUUAGCAGCGACUGAGUAGCACUGGAAACUAGUCAAAAUAUUUCACCUCAUGUACCUUAAAUCCCUUUUUAUUAUUCAUUUUUUAUGUAUUUUAACUUAAAUUGCCUUCACAUUACAAACUAAUUGAUGCUGAGAAAAGUAGUAGCCCAGGAAUUCACGUUUUCCUUAGAUAGAAAUUUAAUUGGCCACAUAACCAUGAUCCAAGCUAGUUACCAAUUUGUUUUAGCGAGUGAACUAGGUAACCUCAUUUUUACAUAUGCUAUUUCAUAUUAAAUGGUAAUUUUUAAAAUUCCUCACAUUGGCAUUGCAAAUUCUCUUCAUCUUGUAAAUCCAACAGAGUAGGGAUAUACCUUUAGGUUAAUUUCUGGCCACUCAGAUACCUCUGUGACAGCUUCGCUACAUGUGGCUGCAGCUAAUACAUGAGGUAACUUCUCUGUUUUACAAAAUCCCAAAGUAGCCUACAGAGACACCAGGUAAGGACACACAAUGAUUAAAAUUGGUUUUAAGUAUGUAGCAAAAAAAAAAAUGUCAAUGAGGUGAAAUUAGUAAAAACAAUUGUGUGAUUUUGAGAAAACUUUCAGUUUUUUUUAAAAUAAUUAGUUAUGCUAGCUUUUCGAUCCACUACUGUUGGCAUCAACUAAUUGGUAUUGGACAGAAAAUAUUUCCAAUCUUGUCCCCUAUUCAUACGUUAUUAUUUGUAUAUCUUAACCACUUUCACAAUACAAACAUAGUCAAUAUGUUUCAAGUUGUUUCAUUUCCUCAUUUCUUAUUAAGAUGGACAUUUUUGAAGUAUUUGUGUGCUCACUUUGACAAGACUAUCACCGGUUUUCUUGUCUGCUAGAGUCUGGAUGUGACCCAUCUUGGGAGAAAAAAAAAUGUAUUUUACUAAGUGCUUAAACUAGAUAUCGUGUAUCAAAACCCUGGAUGGAUCAGAUACAAUGGUAACUGGUUUGAACUGUGAUGCUCCAAAGUUGGGCACUGAUGGAGCCACGGAAGAGGACCUUUUUAUGUGGUGGUGAAAAGAGAGUGUACAAAUUGUGAAUAAACUUUGAAAUUCAA